UAGCCCCUUGAUGCCAAUCUUCUCAUUCACCCACCAUGAAUGUUGCAAGCUCAAGACCACCUCAGUGGACCACAUCUCUCACUGGCUCCUGUGAUGAUGGAGUCUUAUGUUGCAUAACAUGCGUUCUUCCUUGCAUUACUUUUGGGCAAAUUGCAGAAGUCCUGGAUGAGGGACAUACAUCAUGUCUUGUCCAUGGUUUCAUUUAUGGAUUACUGUGGACUAUGGGGUGCCAUUGUCUACACUCAUGUACAUAUCGUGGUAGGCUCCGAGAGAAGUAUAAUCUCCCCGAGGAGCCCUGUAAUGAUUUUUGUGUCCAUUGGUGCUGCGAUGCCUGUGCUUUGUGUCAAGAAUAUGCAGAGCUCAAGAACCGGGGAAUAGACGCAUCUCAAGGCUGGAAGGGUCCACCAAAUGUCCCACAUCCGGUGCCUCCUAUGCCUCCUUCGAUGUACAGAUGAGCCCCCAGUCUUCAUGCAAUGAGCUUCUCAAAUAAAUGGGGCAUGGCGAUAAACCUUGCUUUUGUAUUUUGCUUUUGUUUGUAAUGUUUGUCGUAGCUCUUGUGAUGCUUCUUUUGCUUAUUGGUUUUCUUAUGUUCCUAAUCCCCCUAUAGUUUAAAGUUCAAGCAUGUACUCGUUAAAUAUUGUUCCCAAA